AUGCCUCGACCGGCCAGGCGCAACCAAGCUGCACCUUCUGCUAGCCAUUCCAUUACCAACUUCACCCGUGUCUCGAAAGCUUGUACCCCAAACGAUACUGCUAAGAAGAUUAUCGCCCAGCCUGCAUCUUCGGUAAUCACUAGGAAACGCAAAGCGGCCACAGAUGGAGAAGAUACCCAUCCGAGAACUAAGGCUCGGACUGCAUCUUUUGCACCCAGCAGUGACGAUGAACUUGCCACGCCUAUAAAGCUCGUAUCAAAGAACCAGGAACUGGCUGCGGACCGGGGUGCGAAGAAUGUGCCGAAAGGGAAGCGAACUGCGAAGGCAACUCCCUCAAGGGCGAGAGCUGCCCACAAGCCCAUAGGGACCACACCUCUUUCCGAGAGCAAGAGGCAAGGAAAGACAGUGCAAACCAAGCUCGACAAUGUAUUCAAAACGCUGCGCAAGCAGACGGUCGACAAGGAUGCACUUCCUCUCCAUCUUGCCGAGCUCGUUGACAUACAUCGGUCGUUUGUCAAGACAAUUAUGAUCCAGUUGGCUCACAACGGUAACAAUUCACCUAUCGACAUACGCACACUUGCGCCACAUAUUUCUCAAUCGUGGGGUAAACGCCAGGUCACUAUCGAGGAUAUUCGACGAUGCAUCGCUAUACAAACUUCGACAAAAACCAACACUCAUUCACCAUUCAUGAUUGCCGACUAUGGACGGGGAAAGAUAUGUGUUGAGCGCUCUUCUGUCGACAUGGCACCAAUCCAUGAAGAGCGUUUGCUGAAACAAUUUGAAAUCAAUUUGAGAACAUUAGGCACCGAACGCUCCGCCGAUGAAAUGGACAUUGACCUUCCGUUGGAUAGUCUCUCACUAAACGAGCUUCCCCAAGUGGAGAUAAAGAACAUGGACAACAGAACAACAGCGAAUCCAAUUCUUAACAAAGGUCAGCGUGCGUUGUCGGAGCUUAAGAGUAGCAUUGUGACGAAGCAGCAUGAGAAGGCAGCAAGACAAAACGCGGCAUCCAGCAGCCCCCUCCUCAACCCAGAUGGCACAAAGAUGAGCCUGCUUGAUCGGCUACGAUUAAAACAAUUAGCUAAAGCCAACGAACCCCUUCCCCCUUCUGGGCCCGAGCUUCAGCGACGUGCAGCCCUCAAUCGUGUGGGCGAUGUUGCAGCAACUAUUUCAAUGCUGAGCCUAUCCAACCCAAUGUCACUGCCACGACAGGCUUUUACGAUGGCAGUUAUACUUGAGAAGCUCAAAGACUCUCUCCGGGUUCCGGUAUCGAAGGAGGAGGGGGCAGCUUGCGUGCGUUUGAUUGCCAGCGAGGUCGCCCCGGAGUGGCUUCGAGUCGUUACAAUCGGAGGCAGAGAAAACGUGGUUGUGCAGCGUAGCAGCCAACCCGUUGAUAGAGUGCUACAGAGUCGUGUACAGAAGCUGUUGGCCUAG